AUGGACUAGUAGUAUAACAGUAAAAACGAUUAGCGCUAAUGGAUAAAGCUCGUAGAGAACAGUAUACUAAUUUCAAAAAGUACUCAUAAAAAAUUUCAGCCUAUUAGUGGUCGAGAUGAAGUUGAAGCUAUCUCAAUAGAAUACUAGAAUUAUAUAAUUGAAAAUAUAGAAAAAGAAUCUAAGUAUUUGAAAAUAAUUAAUUAAAUAAGCAAGCAAUUAGAUAUAAAAAAUACAAAAUCAAAUGGUACUUCAACUGCAUAGAUAAAUUAAAAUCCAUUACAAAUAGAUUUUGAAUAAUAAUUAUUACAGAUCUAAUUUGUAACAAAGGACCUAUACGAUUAGAUCAUCUUACUUAACAAGAAAAUAGACUAUAUGGAGAUCUAGUUAAACUCUAAAGAACCUAAAUAUUUAAGAUCAACAUUUAAUAGUUCAAAUGGAAUCGAUGCUUUGAAUGUAGAUAUGAAUAGCAUUAGUGAAUAGAUUAAGAGGCUAGCAAAAUUUUUAGAUUUAGAACCUAGAAUAUCUAUAAGCUCUUCAAGAGAGGAUUUAACUUCUCUCUUGGAUUAAAUCGAAAUGAAAGUAAGAGAUAUAAAAGAUGUAAAUAAUUAGAGAUUAGAAAGUUUUGCAAUAAUUUAAUCAAGCAUAUAAUCACUUAAUGAAAUGUGCCAAGAAAUUCAAAAAGCUGAGUAUAUAUCUAUUCCCCUGAUUAAUUAGUUCUCUGUUUUAAAUGAAAAUAUGUAAUAACUUUUGGAAAUUUAAGUAAAAAAUUCAAGUAAUCCUAGAUAAUAUGCCUCCAUGUUUAAUAUAAUUCAAAAAUAAUCUUUAAAUCUUUCAAACACCCUCAAGAACGCUAUUAAUGCUUCGAUUUAUGAAAACAAAGAAGUUAUUUAAAUGAGAAAUGAAGAACUCCUUGAAGAGUUAAAAGCUAAAAGUAAAGAAAUAACAUCAAUGUAAAUUAUGAUAAGGGAGUAUUCAAAUAAAAUUUUGAACGAUCUUUAGAUUCUUUUAAAAAACUCAAAGUAAGAAAGCUCUAUUUGCUAGCUCAUAGAAUCUAUAUAAAAUUAAAUUCAUGAUCUCAAAUAAAGAGUACUCAUCAUUACAAACUAGGAGGCAAAUAAUAUUCAGGAUUAAUCUGAAAAAUUAAUCUUAUUAGAGGCAGAAAACUCAGUCUUAAAUUAAAAGUAUGAGGGUUAUGUAGAAAUAGUGAAAUAAUUAGAAGAAAAAAUUUUUUACUUAAAUAUGCAAGUAGAUUCUCUCAAAGAUCUUAUUUUGAAGAUAGAAAAAGAAAAUGAGUAGUUGAAAAAUGAAAAUGAUGUACUAGUGAGAGAAAAAGAACUUUUCAAGUAAGACAUGGAGCUGAACUUAGAAAAUAUUAUAAAUACUAAGAAUUAAUUUGAGAUAAUAAUGGAAACUGAUAAAUAAAAUUUAUAUUAGAGAAUUGAUGAACUUCGAUAAGAGGUCAUUUAGUUAUAGAACUAAAAAGAAGCAAAGGAAAAAGAAUGCCAAGAAUUACUUGAAACAAUUGAUGAUUUAGAAGAAUUUAGUAAGAAAUAAUUAGCACAUAUUAAGAAUUUUUAAGAUUAAAAUUAAGAAUUACUUGCUAGAAUUGCUUAAUUUGAUAAUAAAGUAAAUUCUCUAGCAGAAGAAAUAAAUGAGUAUAAAAAGAUAAUAGAGAGAUAGUAAAAAGAUAUGGAAAGAAUGUAAAAUGACGUGAGCAAGUUAGUAACAACUUGUGAGCAAUAACAAGAAGAGAUUGUAAAACAAAAAUAGACAACAUAAUAAUACUAAUCACAAUUGUCAGAUUAAAUGAGAAAAUUUGAAGAUUUGAAUUAAAAAUUAUCAGUUUCUUAGUAAGAAAGUGAAAAAAUCAAAUAAAAAAAUAAUGAAUAAGAAGAAAAAUAUUAAAAAAUGUAAUAGCUUCUUUCAAUCACAUAAAAUGAAUUGAAAAAUGCAAGAUAAAAUUCAGAGAAAUAGCAAACUAAGCAAAAUGAAAUUGAGGAUCUUAGAGGUUUGAUUGACUCCUUAUAAAAUGAUAUAAAGACUGCAACCCUCAAUCAAUAGCUUUUUGAAGAGUAAAGAAACUAAAAGCUCAAGGAAAACUAAUUGCUCAAGGAGUAAAAUUAGUAAUUAUAAUAAGAAGUACUUACUAUGAGGGAGCAGAUUUCUUAAACAAAGAGACUUUCUAUUUCCUCAAGCAUAGGAGAAAAUAAAUAACAUUUAAUUAUAGAAUCUUUGAAGUGCUAAAUUAAAUACAAGGAUCAAUAAUUUGAAAAAGAACGAGCCAUGUUUAGAUAAGAAGAGGAUGCUAAGAUAAAAAAAAUUCAAUUACUUGAAAAUUUAAUUAAAUAACUUUAAGCUGGAUAAGAAGUUAAUGGGUUGUAAGUUCAUGAAGAGCCAAUAAAUGGAAACACUGCAAAUUUUAAUAGUAGCUUGAAUAUGUAUUAUGAAAAUUUACUUGAAACAAAAGAUUUGGAAAUUAGUCAUCUUAGAAAUUUGAUAAAAUAGUUUACUUUAGAGAAUACAAACUGA